GGGUAUGGGGAUUUCUCGUAUUGUGCUCCUCUUCGCGGCGAUCUUUCUCUCGUCUCAAUCUCAAUGCGCGAUCUCUAGUAGCAGCGCCAGGAACUUCCCUCUUCUUUUCGAUCAUCGCCAUAGGUGGGUGUGCAAUGUGCUGGAUUUCGGCGCCGUGGCGGAUGGAAAGACGAUCGAUACGUCGGCGAUCCAGUCGGCGAUCGACUACUGCGCCUGGAAGGCGCGCGCGUCGAGCCUGCAUUUUCCUCCAGGGAAAUAUCUCACCGGAGCUUUGUUCCUCGCCUCCAAUAUGGCUGUGGUCAUCGAUCCCGGAGCGAUUAUCCUUGGCAGCUCCCGGCAGGAGGAUUAUCCGCGCGAGAGGUCGCGCUGGUAUGUUCUAGCGGCCGAGAAUGCCGUGAAUGUGAGCGUCACAGGCGGGGGAAUCAUCGAUGGCCGGGGGCUCGAGUUUGUUUCCAGGUUUUGGUCGCGCAAGAACGUUAUGGUCAGCUGGAACACGACGGGUGCGUGCAUUGGCGAUGAAUGCCGGCCUCGCUUGCUAGGAUUCGUGAAUUGCGAGAACGUUCGCGUGUGGAACAUCCAUCUAAGGCAGCCAGCGUACUGGAGCCUCCAUGUUGCCAACUCGAGCGGGAUUUACAUCCAUAAUAUCACCAUGUAUGGAGAUUUUAACACGCCCAACAACGAUGGCAUCGACAUAGAUGGUUCCAACAACACGUACAUCACAAACUGCCGCUUGGACACCGCCGACGAUGGAAUUGUUGUCAAGAGCAUCGCGGGACCAGUAUCUAAUGUAAGCGUGACGAACUCCUGGAUCAGAAGCAAAUCUUGCGCGGUGAAGAUCGGCAGCGAAACUGACCAUGAUCUUGAUGGUCUUUACUUCGACAGCAUCACUAUCGUGGAGUCUCACAGAGGACUUGGAGUACAGUUACGUGACAAAGGGAAUAUUUUCAAUGUAACAUUCUCCAAUAUUGUACUAAGCACUCGCUUGUACGACCCUUUAUGGUGGGGAAGAGCAGAACCAAUCUAUGUCACAGCUUGUCCUCGGAACCUCUCAACGAGUGUGGGCACGAUCGACAGCGUCAGGUUUAUCAACAUUUCCUCUUCAGCAGAAAAUGGUAUUUUCUUGGCCGGCUCGGACGGAGGAGUGCUGAAUAGAUUGGAGCUUUCUAAUGUUUCUGUGAGGCUGGGCAGGAUCACGGACUACCCGGGCGGCCUCCACGAUUAUAGACCAGGUUGUCAAGGCCUCGUACAUCAUCGAACUGCCGGCGUUUUCAUGAAGCACGUACAUGAAGUUACUGUGAAGGACGUGAACUUGCACUGGGAAAGAAGUGGGGUGGAAGAUUGGGAUCUGCCUGUGGAUUUCGAGCCAAGGACUAUCGGACGCCUCUGGAUGAGUAACUUCACAUCCAGCGCAUAGCCAGCAGACGUCAGCUGGCAUCACAUUCUUCUGCCGGCCGAGCUGUUUGUGAAAUAGCUUUGUUACAAGUAAGCUGCCUUUCUGUUCGGUCUCUUUCCUUACGUGACUUCUUGUUUUUCUCAGCAUACGUAUGCUAUAUAUCGUGCGCACGAAAGUCACUCUGAAAGACAAUUUCUUUAAUUGUAACUCGUGAGCGGGGGUCGUUGGAACAACCCCGUCGAGGGAACGAUCAUAUCCUCAACUUCGGAAAGCGUAGAGUGGACGAGAAGCAAGCACUAGCAGACGGUGGGGUCCAAGUUUCUCAGGAAUAUCAGAGAAAAGCUAUUACCCCACCCAGAAUUCGACCUUUCAACCAAGGUACAUAGAUUCCCUGAACACUUUGAUUGAUUACUAAAAAAGAAUCAGUCUUUAUCGAUUCCAGAGCACUCUUCCGCGUUGUCUGGAUUUUUCCUCGAGACCCCGGUAAUUUUCCUUA